AUGUCUACUAUUUCAACAUCAGAAGCAGAAAUAAAUACACGGUCUUCAUCUGCACCAUCGGACGAAAUGUCUAAUUCAAUUAUUCCUUUAACUACAACUAAUGUUGAAGAUGAAAUGCAUAGAGCAGCAAUCAAAAUUUUACAACAAUCAAUAGAUCUUUUAAUAAAUUUAUCUAAUGACGAGAAUUUUUACAUUUAUCAGAGUAAAUUUAUACCACAAAGUUCUAUUGGAAAACAUAUCAGGCAAAAAAGAAUAUUAGAGAAAAAUAAAGAAUAUAAUAAUUAUAAUCAUCCAUUAGAUAAUUAUGAAAAAAAGGAUUUAAAUUGGAUUGUAGAUUAUGAUAAUAGAGUGGCAAAUGAAGAAAUAGAAACAUCAUGUUUGAAAGCAGUAAAACUCAUCAGACAAUUACAAUCUGUUUUGGUAAAUGAUUCUUCAGUUAUCCCCUUAACUUUUCCAAUGAGAGUUGAUUCAAUAAUUGAUUCUGAUUUAUCAGUGAAUUCAAUACAAUUAAAUUCUACAUACGAUCCACCAUUAUGCUUUGAUAAAGGUGAUAUGUAUAGAAUUAAACAUCCAGUGUCCAAAAAAUUUUGGUAUUGCACCUUCAACUCUUAG